AGGGGGCGUUGCCUCCGGCCGGCUAGAGGAAGUGCCUCCUUCGCCUGGAAGUGAAAGCGCGGGGCACGCAAAGCGUCGCCUGGGCUGCUGCCUGCAGAGGCGGAUGGAGAGGCGGGUCCCUCUUUGCAACUCAGCCAGGUUGCCUCUGCCCCGUUUUGUAGUCUUUGCGUUCCCAUCAUGUCCCAGGCGGGUAGACGCGAGGAGGGGAGGACCAGCAGCCUGAAGCGGCACAGAAGUCACAGGGAGUCCCUGCCCAGCAGCAGCAGCAGCAGCUCCAGCGGAGUCAGCAAAGGGCUGGAGCUGAGGGAGCAGAAGAGGAAGAAGCGCGAAGUGCAGCAGAUCCAGCAGAUGCAGCACCUUGAAUCCUUCUAUGAAAAACUUCCUCCUGGGCUAAUUAAGGAAAAUGAAACUAAACCCGAAGACUGUAUUCCUGAUGUACCUGGCAAUGAGCAUGCACGAGAAUUCCUAGCACAUGCCCCAACAAAAGGACUUUGGAUGCCACUAGGGAAAGAGGUGAAAGUCAUGCAGUGCUGGAGAUGUAAACGUUAUGGACACAGAACAGGAGAUAAAGAAUGUCCAUUCUUCAUUAAGGGCAAUCAGAAAUUAGAGCAAUUCAGAGUAGCACAUGAAGACCCCAUGUAUGAUAUAAUAAGGGAAAAUAAGCGCCAUGAGAAGGAAAUGCGGAUACAACAACUGAAGCAGCUACUAGAGGACUCCACUUCAGAUGAAGACAGCAGCACUGACAGCUCCAGUUCUUCAGAAUGCAGAGAAAAGUGCAAGAAGAAGAAGAAAUCAAAGAAGAAGAAGAAAAAGAGAAAGCACAAAUCCUCUAAAUCAAACAACAGGUCUGAAUCGGAUUGAGGAAAUGCCACCCUAAUGGUAAACUAGUGCAGUGGUAUAAAAUAUCCAAAGAAUAGUCCUCCCAAAAGGCCUUGGAAUAGUUCCAGGGCACAAUUUUGAGGCCCAUUUAUAUACCCCUUGGUGUUACUUGGUAGUUGCCUUAUCAACAGGUUUGCCCACUGUACCUCCACAUUGCAUCCCCCCCCUCCCAAUUUUUUUUAAAAAUGGUGAUUUGGUACAGUUAAUUUUCUGCUAGGAUAAAUGGCCUUUGGUGUUUGCAUGCUACUUUCCCCCUGCAUGUCUCCUUUUUAGCAGUUUUCUGUACCAUAGUCCCAGGUUUCUUUUCAAUGUACUAACAGGUUAAACAGAAGUGGGUAGGUUUUUUGGUUGAAGCUGCCAAUAGAGAAGCUUCAUAAAUCGUGCCCAGGGCAUACAAGAACCCCUGGGCCCUGGCCUAGGAGAAUAUAUUGAAAAGCAUCCCUUUAGAGUCAUGUCAGUGAGACUGCUGCAGUACUGCAGAUGAAUAAGGGAUUAAGGACUAACAAGGACUACUACUGACCAAUCAGAUUUAUGCGUUCUGAAGCAAAACUUAAGAAAAGCAAGAACAACAAGGGGACUCUGGGUGGAUUUCACUCUGUCUACAACAGAACAUUUGCAAAAAAAAAAAAGGAUGGUUUCGAUGAGAACAGUGUGAUGUAAGCACAGAUCACCACUGUGAUUUGUGCCCUGCAGUUUUAUGACACUGGGUAUGCUUUAAUGUAAUUGUACCUGCUCUAACCUUAAGCCAGCUUGCACAACUUGUGACCUAGGGGCUUUAUAAACCUGCUUUGGCUAGCUGUCCACCACAGCACUGGGGAUGAUUAAGUAUGUGGCAGGUCCUCCAUGCAUGGCUGGUAGGCUGCAUUUGGUGGGUCACAUGUUGUGCCAGUUUGACUUAGAAUUCUAUGCCAUGUUGGCAUAUUGUUUGGUAAUUCUGUAUGCAAAAAUCCUCAUUUAUAUGAUGUUGAUUAUAGAGUCUUGUCAAGCCUUUUCUAUUGUGCUGUGAUAUUUAAAGAUAAAAUGAAAUAAAUCUGUAUCUGCACAUAGCAUUUCCUUUCAA